AUGGAUCUGAACGUAAUGGAUAAAUUACGUUUGCUUAACAUCGAUUUAGAACUGCGCCCACAGAUCAAAAUGAAACCUAUGAGCCGAUAUUAUUUUCUUACAUCAACUAAUCCUAUAGAGCAAUUCUUCGUUUUCGCCUCCACCGCUGCCUGGCUUAUACGGAAAACUGGUAAAGAAUUUGAACAACCUAAUGAAGAAGACGACCCUAAUGCAACUAUAGCGAGCAUUUUAGAUGUUCUACGUGAAAGAGAUAUAACAGUUGAUUUUUCUUCUCAUAAAGUUAAGCAAGGAUAUGGAGAGCAAGUUUGUUAUAUUUUAAACCUUCUAGCGGAUGAAGCGUUGAAAAAAGAAAAUUUCGAAUGGCAGAAACCUAUUGUAGAUAUUCCCGAUCCCGAGGAAUCAACUGAUGACGUUGAUCAAAUUGAAGACGAAACUGAAAUUUUUCUCGACAAAGUUGAAGAAGAAAUGGCCGUUUAUACUGAUGAGUCAGAAGAGGAGAAUAAAGUUGAAAAAGAGUCAAUGAAUUCUGUUACAAUGGUCCAUGAUUGGGAAGAGUGGAAACUUGAACUGGAGAGAGUAGCACCCGCCUUGAGAUUGAAAAUAUCUGCUGAUGGACGAGACUGGCGCGCAAGACUAGCUCAAAUGGAAACCUAUAAAAAUGAACUAUUUGAAAGGCUUAAAACUACUGGUUCACAAAUUAAUAAACUACACAGUAAUAUUAGCUCAGUAAUGGAUAAAGUUUCCGCGCGAGAAAAUAUUUUAAAUGAACAAUUUGAACCGUUAGUUAAGGAGUAUGGGUCCCUUUUAAAUGAAUUAAAUAAAGUUACCAAUGAAUACAAAGAGGUGAGUGUAGGAGUUACAGAACGCCAAGAAAAGUUGAACGAGUUAACUGCAAAAGUAGAAAAUAUUAAACAAAAAACAGAAUUGAAAGGUUCAUCUAUGAACGACACCUCGCCACUGGUAACUGCAAAGAAAGCGGUUGAAACUUUAAAGAAGGAUAUACAAGAAUUGGACUUUCAGAUCAUUAUACUUCUUUGGUUGUUGAUCUCGAAAGAAAAUCCCAAGAGUAACAAUUUUUUGGCUAAUGCCGAGUCUAGGAUGUUGAAUAGUGAAGUUUAUUAA